ACAAAAAUACUAGGAACUUCUAACCAUGAACUCCAAAUCCUUAACAAAUCAUAAACAUAUGACUAAUAUGAGCAAUGCAAUUAUGCAAACAGCAUACACAUUCGUGGAUUCACCAAGUCACAUACCAAACAAAGUCAAAGAGACGCCAUAAAAUAAAUGGCCUCUAAAAUCCUCAGAGAAGUUACUUUUGAAUUUCACCUUGAUAGCAUUUCGCAGUAUAUAAGCGUAGUCCGUGAACCGUAAUGUAAUACAAACACCUUAAAAAAAAGAGUAAUGGCACCAAGAGAUGGAGAGUUUCAAUCAAAAAAGUUUGCUCUUCCAGUUGAUGCAGAGAAUAAGUCCAUAGACUUUCCUCUGUUUUCAGUGGCAAAGCCUCAUAUGCGAGCAUUUCAUCUAUGCUGGAUACAAUUUUUCGCCUGUUUUUUAUCCACAUUCGCAGCACCACCUCUGCUUCCUAUCAUUCGUGAUAACCUUAACCUGACAGCCAAUGACAUUGGUAAUGCAGGGAUUGCAUCAGUUUCAGGGGCGAUCUUUGCCCGUGUUGCAAUGGGUGCUGCAUGUGACAUAGUUGGUCCUCGACUAGCCUCUGCCACCCUCACACUCCUCACUGCACCUGCAGUCUACCUAUCUGCUGUUGCAGACUCGGCAACAGGCUUCUUUCUUAUGAGGUUUUUCACUGGCUUUGCUUUGGCCACCUUUGUCUCAACUCAGUACUGGAUGAGCUCCAUGUUCGCCCCAAGAGUUGUUGGCCAAGCCAAUGGCCAAGCAGCAGGGUGGGGAAAUCUAGGAGGCGGUGUAGCUCAGCUCGUAAUGCCCCUUGUGUACAGUGUCAUCCUUAAGAUAGGAGCUACACCAUUUGCAGCUUGGAGGAUUGCAUUCUUUAUUCCUGCACUAUUCCAAAUGUCCUCAGCAUUUGCAGUAAUGCUUUUCGGCCAAGAUCUGCCUGAUGGAAAUUUCCACCAGCUGCAGAAGUCAGGUGAUAUGUACAAGGACAGCGCGUCCAAGGUUUUGUAUCAUGGAGUCACCAAUUAUAGGAGCUGGAUCACUGCUCUGGGUUAUGGGUUCUGUUUUGGGGUGGAGCUAGCAGUAAAUAACAUCAUCGCGUACUACUUCUAUGACAGGUUUAAUCUAAACCUAUAUAUUUCAGGAAUGGUUGCUGCCAGUUUUGGGAUGGUCAAUCUUUUCUCCAGGCCUAUAGGUGGUGGCUUAUCAGAUUUCAUGGCCAAAAAGUUUGGAAUGAGAGGAAGAAUAUGGAGCUGGUGGAUUGUGCAAGCCCUUAGUGGUGUACUGUGUAUUUGUCUAGGGCUGAUAGACACCUUAGGCGCAUCAAUUGCAGUAAUGAUCAUCUUCUCUGUGUUUGUGCAAGCAGCCGAAGGUCUCACAUUUGGAGUUGUCCCCUUCGUCUCCAGAAGAUCUUUGGGAGUGGUUUCUGGUAUGACUGGAGCCGGAGGUAAUGUGGGUGCAGUCAUAACCCAAGUGCUUUUCUUCAGAGGAUCUCAGUACACGACAGAGAAGGGAAUACAAUACAUGGGUAUUAUGAUCAUAGCAUGCAGCUUUGGCAUAACUUCCAUAUACUUCCCACAAUGGGGAGGUAUGUUUUGGGGUCCUAAAGCGGAUUUUACAGAAGAAGACUACUACUUAAGGGAAUGGGAUUCAAAGGAGCAAGAGCAAGGACUCCAUCAUGUAAGCAUGAAAUUUGCAGAAGGCAGCAGGAACGAGAGAUGCAACAAAGGAAAGUCGGUACCAGAAGCAGAAAUGACUGAAACUCGUGUCUGAUCGCCAUCAGUCUCCAAAUUACUACUGUCUUUUCUUAUAUUUCCCUGUUCAGAAUUUUCUGUCAAAAGGGGGGAAUUUUUUUCUCACAGUAUCUUCCCAAACCCCUGGCAGUAUCCUUCUGCCUCUAUGCAGCUGUUCACAUACUUGUUUAUAUACAAUUAUACUACCAAUGAGGUCUUGGCCUAGUGGCACGGACUGAGGGCCUGUGUACUUAGUCUAAUUUGUAAUUUGUAAUGCUCUUGUGGGUUUUUCGGACAAAAAAAAUUAUAUACUCCUAUCAAAGCGUCUUAAA